AUGGAUGCCUACUUCACCAAGAUGGAGUGCGUCAAUCACAUGCCUGGACUAAUGCAAAAUGUCAGCUGUCGUUUGGAUCGAACAUCCCAAAUCUCAAGCUCAUUCUCCGUAGAAUUCACCUUGGCCAACACUCUGAAUGGCAUCAAUGGAACAUAUAUAUUCGGCAUAAAGCGUGGCUCAACGGUAUCCAACUAUACUACCUUGGAAAUUAAUUAUUGCGAUGCUUUGGAAUCAAUAUAUUCGAAUUAUUUGAUGAAAAUGAUUGCCGAUGAGCUACGACGUGCUUCCAAUUUCCCCUUUCAUUGUCCUUUUAAAAAGAAUACACCAUUUUAUAUCAAGGACUAUACAAUCGAUACAAGGGUGAUCCCAAGCUAUGUGCCCGAAAUCAACUUCGUAUCGGACUGCACUCUCAAAUUACACAAAAAGAAGGUGUUUCAAUUAAUUCUACAUGGUCGCGUUACUCGUCGAAAAUCGGGCCGAUGA